AUGGAAGGAAAAAGCACCUGUAUUUUAUUCUUUCUCCUGGCAUGUUGUGAAAGUAAUCGAAAGAUAGCUGCUGCAUCAUGGUUUGGGAGUGUUGCAAUUGCUGGGUCGAUCCUCUUAAAACAACGCAAUCCUGCAAUGAGUGCAACAUGUAUCAUAAUGGGUAUCCUUCUAAAGACCAGGUCGAUUGAGGUGUGUUUAUUGAAUAAUCAUGCAUUUGACUAAUUGACAUUGUAUAUAUAUAUAUUACAUAUUUUUUUAUUCUUUGCUUUCAAAUGCAUUUUGCAUCACGGUAAACGAUGCACAAUUCUCGAGUGACUGCAUAUGUUUCAAUGCGUUUUUAUAUUUAAAAAUCAUUUAUAUGUGGUUUUUGUACAUAAAAUUUUAUUAUAUUGCCAAAUUGUUUAUACUGAUGUGGUUUGUUGACAUGUCAAUUUCGUCAGUAUGACAAAAUUGCUACAUUAUAACGUUCGCUGAUCUAUACACAAUUAUUAACAUUUGUCAGCAUUACUUGUUUGUCUUAUAUGCCAUGUAAAUAAUAUUUUUUGCCCUUCAUAAAUCAGGUAUUAUUUUUCUCCUGGGAAACAUAUUAACACCUUCAAAAAGCAAAAUCGUUAAUUAAUUUAUCAAGCUUCUGUCAUUCUAAAUGCCUAUAAAUACUACAAAUUUAAUUUGUUGAUUUCAUCGCAACUUUGUAAGGAGAGCUUCAAUUGUGUCUAGCUUCCAUUCAAUGCAUAUGGGGCCACUUAAAUAGGAGGAGGUAUGAGAUAUCCACCCACCGGCCUGCAUGAUAUAUAGAGCCAUAAUACAUACAUCUCUCUGACACACAUACAUCGAACCCAGUCCUCAUGUGAAAAGAUUAAAAGUCAACACUCUGCUGAAAGUCAUGGGUUUUCUCUAGGUACUCCGGUUUCCUCCCACAGGAAAAGUUGACAGGAUGGGUUAGAUAAAAGGGCCCACAGUAAUUGGAAUAUGCUGUUGUUGAUGACCCUGCCCUAGUUGGCAAAGCUAAAUAAAUAAAAUAACCUCGCUAAACAUUGAGACAUCUCUAUAAUAGCUGUGUUCACUCGGUGUCUUGUUAUAGAUUUCAGAUGGUGUUAAAAAUUACAUAAAAAUAUAUUGAUUCACCCAAGGAUUACAUGAAGACUUUAUUGACAGCAUAUCUAUCUUACAAUUACAUUAGCAACAAAUUUACUGAUGUUUGUAUCGGAUUUUGUACCAGGUAGUUUUUUAUCUGUUGAUAUCCUUCUUUCAAUUAUGCUCCUGUCUCUUAAAUGUUGUUUUAUGAGGUAAACUAGCAUAAUUUCUAUUGUCUGUGUUGAUAAUUAAAUGUAUUCCUUGAUUAAUUUUUGUAGGCAACCAUGAGUAGAUACAACAAGCUGCGGUUUACAUGUUCAAACAAACAUGUUGGCGAACAUCAUGAUCAUGAACUUCAAAAGACCAAAGAAACUAUUACAUCCGAGAAUGCCACGUUGCAAAAGUGUGAUGAUCAAAUUGACAAACAUGCAAACCACAACAAUUGUAAUGCUGGAUGCAUGGAUAGGCUGAAGAAGGUUAUUGAGAAAGCCAAGAAUGAUGCCCAAAAAUCUGCACAUGCCGGUUUUACAAUAGCUUUUGAUAUCUUAGAUGUACCAGUGCAUCUGAAAAACAUGACAAUGUCAGCUCAAAAUGAUGACUUUCAUUGGGUGAACCAUCGAAUGAUUGUCAAUAGAGUAUCUGGAUAUCAACCUAUUGAGAGGAAACCAAGACCAUCCCUGAAUGAAGUUCCAAACAUCAAAUUUAUGCCCACUCUUCAAGAACAAGAACGCCAAUGUCUUAAUUACAUAAUCCUCACUUGUCGUGGAAUAUUUUAA